AUGAUGGGAAAGGCAAAAGCUGAUCCAAAUCCUCCUGAGACCGAUGCCUUGAUUGCGAAUACUGCUCUGCCUUUAAAAGUUCAUCAAAUCAGAGGAACACAUCUUAACCUCUGGUGUGACCACUGCAACAGAUCACGUCACACUCGAGAGACCUGUUGGAAACUCCAUGGGAAACCAACACAUUUGAAAAAUGGUAAACCGGGUCCCAGAUUUGUCCUUACAGCACAUGAAAAAAAAUCCUUGUCCAACCAGGAUCAAGUUGAGGAGCUUAUAAGGUUGCUAAAAUCUAGUUCUUUGUCGGGUAUUCCUAAUGCUUCUUUGGCACAAACAAGUAAUUUUAGUAUCCAUACUUCUCUAAGUUGCACCUCAAAUAUGUAUGCACUAUGGAUCAUAGAUUCAGGUGCUUCUGACCAUAUGACCAACCUUUCUUCUCUAUUUUAA